AUGAGUACCAAGAAAUCCAAGAUGCAAGCAGUGUCUAAACACUCCUAUACCAAGCAACCCUGUUCCUUUGUUUCUGCCUCUGCGUCACAGCAACAGCCACCGCCAUACGAACACAACUGGAGAAUCAUCCCAGACAAUGCACUCCUGCCGCCUCCGCCGAGCAUCGGACAUGACAAGAGUCCUACCAGCAACGCAACCAAAUCUGCCGCCGAGCAGGGCCAGGACUGGUGCGAGACGAAUCCGCUCUGGACGCCACGGACGGUGUUUUCUGCAGUGGACACGCUGCGUCGAAGGGAGGGACGGAUCACGUUGACGAGACCGCGACAUUAUCAGGGGAGUUUGAACGAGAUAAUGCCUGCUUCUUCUUCGUUUUCUUCAUCUUCCAUUUCUUCAUCUUCUUUUUCUCCUCCUUCUUAUUCUGCUUCUGCUUCUUCUACUUCUUCUCCGGAAGUACACCAACCUCCAUGCAGCUCUCCCGCGCCAUUAUCAUCAUGGAAACGUAACUUAUUCGGCCAUUUCUCGCACCGCCAAUCUCAUCACGAUGACAACGACCAACAACCUCAUCAUUACCAACAAAGCUUGUCCUCAUCAUCAAAAAGUAACAACAACAAUGGAAUGCAGUCCUUUGCAUCAGGCACAUGGCGCGGCAAAACCACCGCCUCAUGCGAAGACGCGACGCUUCUCAGUGAUCUGCCUCUCUACGCAUCGACGCUCGACUCGCCUCUUUUCACAGAGGGAUCUAAGACGAUUUACUACGAGGCGCGCUUUCUUGGUCCGUCCUCUCAAUCCUCUCAACAAGAACAACAAGGAGACCCAGAAUACGCACUAGCGCUCGGCUUCGUUGCCCAGCCGUACCCCUCCUUUCGUCUGCCCGGUUGGCACCGCGGGAGUCUCGCCAUCCACGGCGACGACGGCCGGCGCUACGUCAACGACAUGUGGGGCGGCAAGGACUUUACUCGACCCUUUGCCGCGGGCGACGUGCUAGGUAUUGGCAUGACGUUUGAAUUGAGACUGCAAGACGGGCAGGAUCCUAGUAGUCAAAAUCCUAGUAGUAUCGGGCAGGACAUCAACGACCAUGCCGCCGACGAAACAACGCAAUCCUCUACCUCAGCCUCCGCCUCAGCCGCCCGCAGACGCAACUCGGCAGGCGUAGGCGUCAAUGCCAAAGUCUUCUUCACGCGCAACGGCCGACUCGAUGGCUCGUGGGACCUGCAUGAGGAAAUCGACUCGAAAAAGGACCUGUCCGGCACGGCGGGCCUCGAUGGCGGGUUUGACAUUUUUGCUGCGGUGGGUGUGUAUGGCGGUGUCGAGUUUGAAGUUGAUUUCAAUCCCGCGACGUGGGUGUGGAAGGGAAUGCGAGGGCCUAGUUAG